AGGAUACGCAUCAGCCAAUCAGAGCGGGCGCUGUUUACGUACGCAUCGAUAUACUCUUCACCGAGUUUUCGACAAGCAGUACAAGCUACGGCGAAUGUAGAGAAGACGAUUAAUAGUAAAGUGUGAGUGUGUGUGUUCAAAUGCGGGAAGCUAUGGCUAUAUCUUUACUGGAAGCAAUUAAAAACGGUGACCAAGAUGCGGCUAAACGGAUUCUGAUACAAAAGCUCUAUUCCAACAUUGAUCGUCAGUCGUCCCGGAAGGACGGCACGCCGCUCUUCUGGUGCUGCUGCCGUGGCUACAUGGAGCUAGCGCGCCUUAUUCUGCUCCACGGAGCGGAUGUAAACCGCCGGACCGCAUGGGGCGCCUCCCCGCUGCAUGCCGGCGCCGACCAUAACCAGCCUGACGUGAUAAAACUGCUGGUGGACUUUGGCGCCAACGUGAAUCUGCAGACGACCAAUGGCGACACGGCCUGCCACCUGGCGGCCUACCGCGGCUACAAGGAGUGUGUGUAUCGCCUGGUGCAACUUGGGGCAGAUGUCAAUGUUCGGAACCAAAAGCACCAGACGGCCGUUCAAGAGGCAUACUCCAGGGGUCAUUACGACAUAUACUCCUAUCUUUUGAGGUGUCAAACUCUAGUCACAAAACCAAGUCUUUCAUCGACAGCCGAGCAGAGGAACUUCGUCCCUGUCGGUAAACCGCUCAUUCCAAAACAGAUUUUAAGUGAAAACAACAGGAGAGAAAGUUCACGUAGCACCGACAGUACAACUUCCGAAAUGUCCAGUUUUUCACUUCCGUCACGCGCUUCUUUGGAUUAUUCGUUGCUAAGCGAAUACGAAACUAAGUCGAAUCGGCCGAUAUUGUGUGAUGGGCGGAUAAACAAAGGAGUAGUGGGGGUGCUAAGAUUGAACUAUUUCGGACUCGACAGUCAAUUUUCGAGCGAUAGAAGCCCAGUGUCAUCGCUAGGAGCCAGUUCUUUGAAUGAUCUUUCGUCUGUCAAUUCUAAGAGCACAACAGUCCCACCGCGGACUUUAAUGUCUUUCAACAAUAUCUGAAACAGUCGGUGCUUUUGACCUUUGCAUGUUUAUUUAUUUAAAAUUGUCAGGUAACCCAUUUAUGCAUAGCGUCUAGAAAAAAGGCAUUGGCAAACAGCGUAGACCUAGAUGAGACGCCGCAUGAUGCAGCGUCUCAUCAGGGUCUGCGCUGUUUGCUUAAAGGAAUUUCUGUAAGAAAUAUUCUAAAUAUAGAAAGAAAUAUACUAGAUAUCCCUUAUUUUGGAAAUAAAUUGAUACAAUUUAGACGGAUGGAAAAGUCCACUAGGCUUAAAUGGGUUAAGGCUAAGUGUGAUAUGACUUUUGUGUUCUUCAUUUACAAAGACUAGUUCAAACGUACCUCGGUGUUAACGGUAAACUGACGCGUGCUAUUGUUAACAUGUAUAAACUAUAUGUUGAUAAUUUUCUUUCAUCUUUUGUCUUAUAAUAGUAUAAUAUCUAUUAUUUUGUCAACAGAAUGGCCGUGUUUCGCAAAAUACAUUUAUGAUUAAUGUGUUUAUUGUUUGCUAUGUCAUACGUUUGCGUCAUAAUAACUUGCGUCAUAUUUGUAAAAUUGUAUCUACAAAUUCUCAUAAGCCACAGGCUCAUUAGUACCAUUACGGGUUUUAUAGUUGUGCAUUGUUGUUGUUGUUAUUGUUGUUGUUGUUAUCACGGUGAUACUUCUUUACUCAUUAGGUAUUUUGAUUAUCAAUUAAAGGACUUUCAAAGUCA